GCUGCGGCAGCGAGCUCUAGCUCAGCGGCGCCGCCGGGCAGCACCGCCAGGCCGGCUCGCCGCCGGCCGCCGCCGCCGCCUUCAGGGGGGGGCCCCCUUCCCUUCCUCCUUCCCUCCCCCCCUUCUCUCUCUCCUUCCCCUCCCCCCUUCUCCUCCCCCCCCUCUUCCGCGCCGCCACCUCCGCGCUCCUCCUCCCCCCCUCCCCCUCGGAAAAUAGUCCCCGCGGGCUGCCCCCUCCCCGCCCGCUCCUCCUCGCCGCCUCGCGCACACAAUGGCGCUGAAGAGAAUCCACAAGGAGUUGAAUGAUCUGGCACGUGAUCCUCCAGCACAGUGUUCAGCAGGGCCUGUUGGUGAUGACAUGUUCCACUGGCAAGCUACAAUAAUGGGACCAAAUGACAGUCCCUAUCAAGGUGGAGUAUUUUUCUUGACAAUUCACUUCCCAACAGAUUAUCCCUUCAAACCACCUAAGGUUGCAUUUACAACAAGAAUCUAUCAUCCAAAUAUUAACAGUAAUGGCAGCAUUUGUCUUGAUAUUCUACGAUCACAGUGGUCCCCAGCACUAACUAUUUCAAAAGUACUUUUGUCCAUCUGUUCUCUGUUGUGUGAUCCCAAUCCAGAUGAUCCAUUAGUGCCUGAGAUUGCACGGAUCUACAAAACAGAUAGAGAAAAGUACAACAGAAUAGCUCGGGAAUGGACUCAGAAGUAUGCGAUGUAAUUAAAGAAAUUAUUGGAUAACCUCUACAAAUAAAGAUAGGGGAACUCUGAAAGAGAAAGUCCUUUUGAUUUCCAUUUGACUGCUUUCUAUGAGCCCACGCCUCAUCUUCCCCUGUGCACAUGUUUACCUGAUACAGCAGUGCUGCGUGUUGUACAUACUUGGAACAACAAAAUAGAAAUACUGUAUUUCCCCGUACCAACAUUGACUCCUAGCAGAGAAGUGUGUGUGUGAAAAGCUGGUUCUUCAGUCAUAACUUUGUGAGCCUAAAAGCAUUCCUUGUUGAUUUAAAUUGGGUAAUAAAAUGUGAAUGGGAGAGUUAGAGUGGAUUUCAUAGUUCUAGGGACAGUGGUGGUGAUCCAUGAAGGAUUUUAAGUGGAAUCCUUUUAAACUCAUAACAGUUAUGAAAAGCAAGGUGAAGAACUUGAAGCUGUUUCUGUAUUCAUUUUAUUCUGAAGGACCUACACCUUAGGUAAAUGUUAUGACCAAUGAGAGAAACUGUACCCACAUCCUGUGUUUAAGGUCUAAGUUGAACCGGUCAACAUAUAAAUGGAUUGGAGCUAUUAGUGCAUCAAGUGAUGUUGAUUUGUUUCAACUCUCCCUUCCUUCAUACUUCUUUUGGUUUGUAUGUGGUUUCUCAGUUAAUACAUAGCUAAUAGCUCUUAUUUUUCUUAAGUUUUUUAACUGCUUAGGUCUUUCUGGAUGUAAGGGUAAAAAUCCAUUUGACAGAAAACUUGUGUGUAUUUAAAGACCCAGCUGCUCCCCUGGAGCUUGUACGUUCAAGAAUGAUUAAUCUGUGUAAUAAACUGAUUACUACAGUCAUUACAUAUAA